AUGUCUGACUUACUUAAUUAUUCUAUUAUGCAACCAAGAUCACCAGUAUCACCUAAUGUGUCAUCAUCAUCAUUUAGCAGUCCCAAGUUGAGUUUUAAUGCACCACCACAAACAACAGUAUUGCCACCAAUCAAUACACUUAUACAAUCGGCAUUGCCUAGCCCACACCAGCAGCACCUGCAUCAUCAACCACAACAAGCUUCUUCAUCAAUAAAGUUGCCACCAAUAAGCCCCUCAAAUUACACAUUGGCCAGACCAAAUUUGCCAAGUCUGACAUCAGUUUGCGCACAACUUACAGAAACAAACUUGUCUCAAUUUCAGUCAAACAGAGAUUCACACGGUUUGGGUUUAUUGAGCUCAGCUAUCUUUUUGGAUCAACAACAACAGCAACAACACCAGCAACAAACUCAACCCCAACAGUUCCAAUCAAGCUCUAGAUCGUCAUCGGUGCCAUCAUUAGUCUCUUCAGUUUCUUCAGUGGUUUCAUACAUGUCAUCACCAGCAACACCUGUAAUUGUCCAUGCUAAUGUACAACCACAACAGCCACAACAACCAGCAAAUAUCUCAACACCAAAACCAAACACCACUUCCACUUCAUCAUCAUCUUCUUCUUCCCCCACCAACAAAAGAAGACAAAGACUAGGUCCAUCAUGCGACUCAUGUCGUGCCCGCAAAGUGAAAUGCGACGCCGAAAUUACAAUCUUAUCCACAUCAACAUCCACAUCAUCAAUUGCAGCCACAUACAACCUCAACUCACAACAACUUCAUACUUUAUCAACAACAAACAAAUUAUGCAUGGGUGAUUUCCAACUUCUACACAACAAUAACAAAUACAUUCACUUUAAACCAUGUCGUUCAUGUAUUGGAAAAAAGAUUGAUUGUUGUUUUUCUCUGGGUUUUACUAAAGAAGAUAUCUUGAGUAAUAAAAAGAAACUGAAGAAACUGACAUCAUUGGGGGGAUCUUCUUCCUGUGGUGGUGCUGGAAAAGUAUCUAAGGAAACCACAAAGAGAUCCAGUGUUGCCAAGAAUGCGAAUGCCAAUGGAAUAUGUUUGGACAAAUUGUUGAAUUGUGGUGCGUUGACUGAAGCUCAAGUUGGUAUCACUGCUUAG